CAGGCAGCCCUGGGAUUUAUUACUUUUGACGAUCUCGUCGUUUUGGGGCCUGACUCACGCCUUUUGAAUGUUUGGGAUAGGCAGCAGAGGGGGAAAAGUGGGUUUGCUCAGCAGAGGCAGCGCGGCCAAGCGGGAGCGUGAGCCGGCGGUGUAGGGACGGGGCGACGGAGGGAGCCGCGUGCCGAUCCCAGCCUGUUCCCGUCUUUGCAGGAGGCCUGGCCUGGCCCCGGCCCGCUGCAUGGCGCAGGAGGCGGCCCCCGUCCUGCUGGUGUUCCUCACCAGGCUGGUGUCAUCCACGUGGCAUGAAGGGUCUGGCUACUACACCGCCGAGAGCCACACCAAUGAAGUGUACGUGGAAGAAGCCCCCCCUGAGCCUGCCCUGGACUACCGCCGAGUGCCCCAGUGGUGCGCCACGCUGAACAUCUACCGCGGAGAGGCAACCUGCUACUCGCCCCAUGGGGGCUCCUACCGCAGCAGCCUGGGGACACGCUGCGAGCUGAGCUGCGCCCGCGGCUACCGGCUGGUGGGACGCAGCACUGUGCAGUGCCUGCCCAGCCGCCGCUGGUCCGGGAUGGCUUACUGCCGACAGAUCCGAUGCCACGUGCUGCCGGCGGUGCUGCGGGGCUCCUACGUGUGCUCGGCUGGAGUGCAGAUGGAUUCUCGCUGCGACUACACCUGCCUGCCCGGCUACCAGCUGGAGGGCGACCGGAGCCGCAUGUGCAUGGAGGACGGGCGCUGGAGCGGCAGCGAGCCAGUCUGUGUAGAUGUCGAACCUCCCAAGAUCCGCUGCCCAGAUUCCCGUGAACGGAUAGCAGAGCCAGGCAAGCUGACUGCCACGGUGUACUGGGACCCACCACGGGUGAAGGACUCUGCUGAUGGUGUCAUCAAGAGGGUGAUGCUGCGGGGCCCAGAACCUGGCUCAGAGUUCCCUGAAGGAGAGCACGUGAUCCGCUACACCACCCACGACCAGGCGUACAACCGGGCCAGCUGCAAGUUCAGGAUCCGUGUCCAAGUGAGACGCUGCCCUGUGCUGAAGCCUCCGCAGCACGGCUACCUCUCCUGCACUUCUGACGGCAACAACUACGGUGCCACGUGCGAGUACCUCUGUGACGGGGGCUACGAGCGCCAGGGCACCUCCCUGCGGGUCUGCCAGUCCACCCAGCAAUGGACAGGCUCCCAGCCCCUUUGUGCACCCAUGCAGAUCAACACAGCUGUGAACUCGGCAGCCAGCCUGCUGGAUCAGUUCUACGAGAAACGCCGGCUCCUUGUCAUCUCAGCCCCCGACUCCGCUAACCGCUACUACAAGAUGCAGAUCUCCAUGCUGCAGCAAGCCACGUGUGGGCUGGAACUGCGGCACGUCACCAUCAUUGAGCUGGUGGGGCAGCCCCCACACGAAGUGGGGCGCAUCCGGGAGCACCAGCUGUCUGUUGGCAUCAUGGAGGAGCUCAGGCAGUUCCUGCACCUCACCCGCUACCACUUCAACAUGGUGCUGCUGGACAAAGCGGGCACCGAUCGUGAGCGCUACAUCUUGCCCAUCAGCCCGGAUGAGAUCUUCGACUUCAUCGACACGUACCUGCUGAGUGAGCAGGAGGCAGCCCAGCGGGCACAGAGCGGGGACCCCUGCGAUUGAGGCAGCGCCAGGGAGACCCCUGCCACCCCCCUCAGAGGACGGACACUUUCCUUUCUGCUUUUCUAGUCGCCCACUGUAGAGGAGGACCGGGAUGCCAAGGACUUCCAGAGGGAAGGGAGCCACUCUCAGGCUGCUCUGGCACUGAGAGGUGAGCAGGGACACAAUGGGACAGGGGCCACGUGCUAACAGCGUGCCCACUGUGCAGCAGCCAGGAGCCCCCGCUGGCUGCAGGGCAGGAUGCCUCAGCCUCAGCCAGGACCACACCAGGAGAUGCUGGAGUGCCUCUGUUCAAACUCCAGGGCAGGAGGGAAAAGGGAACCCAGCGGGAGGACAGACUGUGGACAUGUGAGUGCCCCAAAUCCUAGGAAAGCUGCCAGAGCAGAGGAGGGAGGGGAGGGAAGAGCAGGCAGGGCGAUGUUACAAAUGCCUCUAUUACAGCAGCUUCACCCUCAUCGUGGCCGUCCUCACCUCAUACACAACUUAAACCUUCUCCCUCCCUGCCUGGGUUCAGUCCUGCUGGCCAGGCACUGAUGCCAGGCUCCUGCCAGAACCAUCAGAAAGCCUUUAUUAGUAGCACAUGUCCCCAUGCUCAGCAGACAGUAAGAGACAUCCAGUGCACAGAGUACCCCCGAGGCUCGUGAUCUGCACCCUACCACUUGCUUCCCCUUCCACCCAGCACUGUGGCACCCUUCCUGGGAACUAUUUUGGCAGUAGAAUAUUAAACUUGAAAUUAAUAAAUUUGUAUAAAAAAUA